AUGCGUUGGUCACAAACAAUGAACGGAAACGCACUGCGGGCGUACUUUAGGGCAAAAGGGGAAGAAACCGGAUGUUUGGCAUAUCGGGCUCGGAUGCAUCGCUUUUUUGCAGAGCUGGAGCAAUCUCUAUCCGUCACUGAGCAAAACCUGGCAGACCGAGUUCGGUACACCCUGAGCUCCAACAUGUUUGGUGACGCCGAACUCGAACGACUACGACGUGAGGCUGUUCCCUCAUUGGAUGGAAAUGCUACGGCUGGGAAUGCGGCGCCACUAAUUGCGCAGCAAACUGCAAAUGUGGACGCUGCCGUCAAUAUUCCAUUUGUGGUUGAUUCAGACGAUGAUGGAAUAGUCCCCCACGAACUAGAGAAAAUGAGGAGCAUAUUGGAAGAGUCGAUGCUGGAAACGCGCAGCAUGCCUCUCGAAAAUCGAUCGCGAAUUCCCCGCAUACCCCUUAGCAAGCGAAAUCGGGCUGUCGUGCGAGCUCUUAACCCAAUGCUGGUGACCUAUUUGGAAGCAAGCCGGGACCUUUGCGAGACGGACUCAAUUUUUUUGGCGCCGCACUGGCAGUAUGCCGUAUUAUUGGCGCCAAACUUCCAUAGCUGGACGUGCUACUCAACAAGGUAG